GGUAAGAAAAACCUGUUAAACCAGCAACAGCACAUACACUUGCUCUUUUACCACGGUGCUAUUGAGUUGGUAACUUGAAUACUGAGUGUCUUGAAGAGUACCAUAAGACUUAUCAGGUUUAAGACAAAAUCAGUUGUUCGUACACUUUGCACUGUCACAUCUGAGGUAAUACAUAACUCAAGGAAGGCAUCACCUUGGCAGGAUGCCAGUGUCUGCAGAAAAAGGCAAAAGGACAAAAGAAGUCACAAGCUACGGUGACUGGAUGUCGCAACUACCACCUGAUCGUCACAGCGUUCCUCUUUCUGAUCUAGCCAUACCAGGUAGCCACGACUCAAUGAGUUAUGACUUGGACAUCAACUCCUCUAUAAUAGAGCCUGAUAGACUGAAAAAAUUCAGCAAGAUUUGUUGCGCGCGUAAAAUAGUGCGCAAAUGGGCAAUGACUCAGUGGCUUGUAAUGCAGGAGGAGACCAUUACAAAGCAACUGGAUGCAGGAGUUCGCUAUUUUGACCUGAGGAUUGCUCGCAAGCCAAAUGACCCCAACCCCACAAGGCUUUACUUUUACCAUGGGCUGUGCACACGGACUGAUGUGGAGACUGUACUCAAGGACAUAAAUGACUGGGCAGGGAGGCACCCCAAAGAGAUCCUCAUCCUCGCUUUUUCCCACUUCAAAGGGUUCGACAAAAGCACUGAGAAGCAGCUCCACACCCAUCUUAUCAAUUUCAUCAAGACCUUGUUCGGAGCCAAACUCAUCCCUAAAGGGGCCAUCCCUACCCUGAAGAGCUGCUGGGACAAAGGCAGAAACGUCAUAGUUUCGUAUGAUUAUGCAGCAAGUCAGGACCCUGAGCUCUGGCGUAAAAUAUUGUAUUACUAUGGCAAUAGUAUGAACCUCACAGAAGUUGAAUCUAAACUUCAACAGGAGUUGAAAAAAGGAAAGCCUUAUGGUUUCUUUGUGUGUGGCUUGAACCUGACACUGCCAGACAAUGCCAGGAUACUCAAGUACACCCUUCGCCUUUUCGACAACUUUCUCAACGUGGUACGGAGGAGCCUGCCGAUGCUGCUGCAGUGGGUCACAGUGCAAGCUGGCAAAACACCCAUGAACAUUGUCGCCUCAGACCUGGCGACUUAUGGCGACUUUGUCCCAACGGUUGUCAAGCUCAACAUUUCAAAACGUGUGUGAAUUGAAGCAAAGAGGAAACAGUUUGUUCUCUCUCUCUCUUUUUUUUUUUUUUAAAGUAAUGGAGGUUUUUUUGCCAUGUCAUAGCAGGAAACUCACAGGUGUAUUCAUUAUAGCUGCACUCCACAUGGGGAAGAACCUGCUGUUACUGGGGCACUUGAACUGAGCCCUUACUGUUAUUCAGUCCACCUGUGUUAUGCUUAGACGAGUCAGAAUUGUCAUUUCACUCUUUUUUUCCUUUACAACAAAUUCACCCUCUUGCUCUCUCAAUGAAUGAUGUAUGAUUAGAAGAACCAACACACACUGUAUUUGUUCUGAGUUUACCUCGCCUGUUGGCGCGCCAUCGUGUGUCAAUUUAUGGUAUUGCAAUAAAGUGUUCCCCCUCA